AGCCCUGCCCAGCGGGGAGAAGGCUUACAAGCUGAGCGACAUCGGGUCGUGACAACAGGCCUAAUGAUGGUCCUCACGGCCCAAAACACCAACAAGCCAGGGAGGCGUGGGGAGCGUCCCCUGGGACAACACAAACACCCCAUGGGGUAUAAAAGCCGCUGGCCCAGCACCUCGCACACUCACACCCACACGUGCACCCACACACUCACCCGCACCCACACCCCGCCCCAGCACCCACACCAUGGCCGCCUCCACCCUGUCCGUCUGCUCCAGCGACCUGAGCUACAGCGGCCGCGUCUGCCUGCCUGGCUCCUGCGACUCCUGCCCCGACUCCUCCUGGCAGGUGGACGACUGUCCCGAGAGCUACUGCGAGCCUCCCUGCUGUGCCCCGGCCUCCUGCCUGACCCUCCUCUGCACCCCUGCGAGCUGCGGGUCCAGCCCCUGCCCACCAGCCUGCCCCGGCUCCUGCCAGCCCUCCUGCGGCAGCUGUUCCCCCUGCCAGGAGGGCUGUUGUGUGUCUGUCUGCUGCAAGCCCGUGUGCUGCACCCCCGUCUGCUGCAAGCCCGUCUGUUGCACCCCCAUCUGCUGCAAGCCCGUGUGCUGUGAGGCCUCCCCCUGCUGCCAGCAGUCUAGCUGCCAGCCCUCCUGCUGCAGCUCCUCCCCCUGCCAGGAAGACAGCUGUGUGUCUGUCUGCUGCAAGCCCGUCUGCUGCACCCCUGUCUGCUGCACCCCCGUCUGCUGCAAGCCCAUGUGCUGCACCCCUGUCUGCUGCACCCCGGUCUGCUGUGAGACCUCCCCCUGCUGCCAACAGUCUAGCUGCCAGCCCUCCUGCUGCAGCUCCUCCCCCUGCCAGGAAGACAGCUGUGUGUCUGUCUGCUGCAAGCCCAUCUGCUGCACCCCUGUCUGCUGCACCCCCAUCUGCUGCACCCCUGUCUGCUGCAAGCCCGUGUGCUGCACCCCUGUCUGCUGCAAACCCGUCUGCUGCCAGUCCUCCCCCUGCUGCCAGCCCAGCCCCUGCAGACCCUCCUCCUGCGUGUCCCUCCUCUGCCGCCCCGUGUGCAGGCCCGCCUGCUGUGCUCCCUCCUCCCCCUGCCAGCUCAGCUGCUGCCGCCAGGCCUCCAGCAUGUCCCUGCUGUGCCACCCCGGGUGCUCCUGCCAGGCCUGCCACCGCCCCGCCUGCUGCUGAGCUGCCUGAACUGCCCCGGGAGCUGCCAUCUCAGCUGCUGAGCCCCCCCAUCCCCUCACCCCGGGACCCCCGGCCUUCAGUGGACAUGCGGCUGCUGCCAACCGGGGACUUGAACAGGCCACCUGCCCCUCUCUGGGGAGAUGACCCACAGCCCUCAGCGGAGGCGACCUGCGGCCCCAGGGCCCUCGUCUGCACGAGCCGUGGCUUGUAAUCCGCGUGACGAAGGCCACUUGCUGUGAUCAAUAAAGCGUUUGUGUCGUGAAGUAGA